AUGCCGCUUGUGACGGUGGAGAACAUGUCGGCGGGCCUCGCCCAGCCGCGAGGGAGUGUGUUUGGACCAGUAUCACAGUUCACAUCCACAACUGCGACGGAGCUCCUGCUCGCGCCGGGCUCCCGCGUUUCACUCAAGCGCGCGAGAUUCCUCGUGUCUGCGGAGGUGUACUCCGUGACGGAGGAUAACAACAAGUGGGCUGUCAUUGUGAACUACGACAGCAACGAUGCGCCACCUGUUGGCUAUGACACCGCUGGAACCACGAGCAGCGGGACCGUGCUCAAGGGAGAGGUGGCGCCGGGCUACUACAACGGUGACACGCUGGCCAGCGCCAUCGAGACGAGCCUGAAUGAGAAGCUUGCCGUGUCGGAGUUGUUCACGGGCAAGAAUGUCAAGUUUGACGUCGUGUUCACAGACUCCAUCACGAGCACGCAGGACAACGACAGCUUCAAGAUCAGCAUGACGACCACGACGAGUACGGUGACCAUCAGCGAUCCUGUGGUGGCGGACAGCCUGGCUGUGUUUACGGAUGCCAGCGAUCGGGCGUCGAACAUCGAUACCUACGCCAAGUCGAGCGGGAACAACAUUAUCACAGAGGACGACACUGCGUGGGUGGAGCUCAAGGCGCUGGAUGGUGACAUUGCUCUCACGCGAAACAUCAAGAACGCCAGCAUCAGCUGGACCGACGCCUUUGAAUCCCUGAACCUGGCGUGGUUGUCCACGGCCACAAACGCCUACAACACGCUGCCGCUGCCAGAGACGGCUGGUGCAGGGGACGCGACAAGCCUGACUGCGGGCAUGCCGCUCCUCGUCACGCAGGACAGCACCCCCUCCACGAACCCGCGCGCCAUGAACAGCCGCUACAUGGUGGUGAUUGGUCUCAUUGCAAAGGACACGGCAUACACCAUCACGGAGCAGUACGGGCACAAGCAAGCCUAUCCCUUUGCAGCGCUCAACGUGUUUGAGCCCGUGGAGGGCUUUCAGUUUGUCUCUGCGAUGGAGGCCACCGUUCACCCGGAACUCGACAGCACGCAGACCAAGCUCAGUGGAGGAGCAAGCAUGACCCUGCGAUCCAUUGCAUCCCAGCAGACGACGUUUACGAACGCAGACCUUGCCAUGUUCAAGCAGAACAGUGCCGUGAACGACCCCAUGUCCUUUGUGCGCGACAAGACGGCAUCCACCCUCACGCUAUCCACGCCCAUGACAGGGAUGACAGAGAAGGUGUUUACUUUCACGGCAAAGUGCACGAAGGUCAACGAUACUGAGUACGCGCUGAGCGUGAUAUUCAACGCCAACAGCGAGUGGGAGGAUGAGCACGGCAAUGGCGUGGGCGAGGUGGGUGAAUUGGACACCCUCAUUGCCUUUGAGGACGAAUACAUGCCCAUGGUGUUUCUGCAGAACGAGUUUGACGACAUUGCGCAGCUGGGUGAGGUGCCGGCGUCGGCUGCGGCGGUUCAGGUCCCCGUGUGGAAGGAGGUCAAGCAGAACACCUACAAGAAGAGCACCACGGCGUCGGGCCUGGUAUCACACGGGACGCUUGGGUUGGAUUCCGGCGACGUUGCUGCAAACACCGAGGCGUCGGCAUACACCAGGGAAACGGCCCUGGUGCAAGCGGACGACAUGAGCUACAUCCCCUGCAGCGUUGAUGUGUCUUACUUCGUGGACCCAGCUGGCAGCCAGGACAUUGACGUGAGCCAUGUGGGCGCGGGUGCAGAGUUUGACGUGCUCAUCAGCAGCACCAUGUGGCACCGCGCGCUGUGUGAGUACCAGGAUGUGCUGAACCGAAACGAUGUGACGGAGCCCUACCUGCUACCCGUGCGUGCCUCGCACGGUGCGCAAACACAGCUCGGUGAGCCCUUCGCCACACGCUCCCUCCCCUAUGUCGUGCAGACAGGUGGUGUCACCGACAAGCUCUCAUGGACCACAGCACAAACCAUCCACUCCAAGCAGCACGCAAGCACGCUGGUUUACUUGGACAAUGGCAGCGGGACCUCCACCGGGUACGACGCCUACAUGCCCGCGGCCCUGCUCGACAUUAGCGAAUCCACACUUCCCGACGCCAACAGCAUCACAUGGCGCAUUCGCUUCACCAAGGAGGCGGGCGUGGAUAACGUGGUCAUUGCCUUGCCCGUCGGCACGUACACCUACGACACGGGCGCGCGCACCACGCCGCUGAAUGCUGCGGUGCACUAUGACAGCAAGCUGGGGGAUGUCGUGACGACCGUGCAGCCCGUUGUGUACCACGCCAUGAAUCUGCGCGGGUCGACACCGCUGGUCACCUACACGGGCACGCUGGGCAGGGUGCCGCUCCCACCCGGGUAUGAGCCCUUCCACGCCGACACGAGCACAGACAUGCUGGCCUUUGCCGGCGCGAGCGAUCACCUGGCAGAUGGCAGCAACAAGUACAAGGGCGUGUACCUGUACCUGAACCAGCUCUACAGCAUGAUGGGCUUCUAUGUCCCCGGGCACAGCAAAGAGGAUGUGUCUUGGCUGCAGUUCAGCUCAGGCACGAGCUACGACAGCAACGCCAUCCCCGAGCCCUUUGACUUUAAGGGAGGUAUGUGUGUGCACCUGCGCAACAUCCCAGUGCAGAGCUUCCUCUCCAAUGGGCAGGCCGCGCGCGUGAUUGAGUUUAUCGAUGACCGCACGCAGCGCUCCAACAUCUUCUCGCGCGUGGUGGAGGGGCGCGACCACAAGAUGUACGAGAUCCUCUACCAGCCAGACAAUCCCACAGAGCAUGUGAUCAACACGACCAGCACCAUCCGCACGCGCAGCCUCGACAUCCUCCUCACAGACUUUGCCGGACGCAUCCUCAACAGCAACACCGUCAACGCAGAGAACCCCUUGUACUCUGUGUCGCUUACCUUUGACUUUGUCCUGCCCAAUCCUUUGCUGGAGAAGCUUGCUGCCUCUGAGCCACAGGCGAAGAAGGCUAAGACGUGA